AUGAUUCUGCUAGAAGAAGAGAACCGGAUAAUCAGAGAGUUGCUGGAGUAUAAAUUUGCCUCUGCCAAAGAAGGGUAAGUAAUAUUUUCCAGCAGUUAUGCGACGGUCCACCACUAUUUUCCGGACAGACUGGUGUAUACUCUUUUUAGACAUAAGAUUGAGAGUGUAAGCAUCCAAUUUGCCGAUUUCGAUGGAGUCCUAUACAACAUUUCGAACCCGAACAAGGAAAAGAACAAGUUGUUGGUAAAGUAGCCUUUCGAAGUAUACCUUUGUGUUUUAGAUCAGCAUUUCUCUCAAGUUCUACAAACAAUUACGAGCUCACGGGGCAGAUGAGGCAAGAAUUAUUUUUUUUCGCAAUUUUUCUUUAGUAUUUGAAACGUGUGUACGGGUCAUAUCUCCAAGCCACCCCAGAGGAUGGGUAUGAUGCGUCGUUGCUCUUUGACUUGGCAUCUUUACCGGCUAACUCCAACGAACUUAUUGAUAAAGCAACCAGACUCAAGAGAAAUUGUUUUGCCUCAGUAUUCGAAAAGUAUUUCCUUUUCCAAGAACAAGGUCAGGAAGGUCAAGAGAGGGCGGUUAUCAAUUACAGAGAGGAUGAAACCAUGUUUAUUGAAGCAAAGGCUGAUCGGGUUACUGUAAUCUUCAGUACAUUAUUCAAAGAUCCUGACGAUGUCGUAAUUGGGAAGUUAUUUCUACAAGUAAGAGAUUUCAUGUGUUCUCCAUUUUUGUUUAGGAAUUCCGAGAAGGGCGAAAAGCGAGCCAGACAGCGCCUCAGGUCUUGUACUCGGUGGGGGAGCCUCCUCUUGAAUUAAGAGGAUUUCCGGGAGCAAAGACCGGGGAAAAUGUUGGAUAUAUUACCUUUGGUAAGUCACAUCAAGUGUUGGUAUUACGUACGUAUUGACUCUUGUUUAGUGUUAUUCCCAAGACAUACCAAAGGCGUGGCGCGGGAGAAUACCAUCAAUCUGAUCCAUUCAUUCCGGGAUUAUCUUCAUUAUCACAUUAAAUGUUCAAAGGUAGGUCAAAAAUAAAUUAAGGUAGAAUCUUAGGCCUAUCUCCAUUCACGGAUGCGCAAGAAGACAUCCGAUUUCCUAAAGGUCUUGAAUCGUGCUAGGCCUGAGAUAAAGACAGAAAGGAAAACGAUCAGGUGAGUCAAAUAAACAUUGUAUUCAAUUUUUCUCUUCCAGUGGUCGCACCUUUGUCCAACAGUAAGAAUUCAAACAUUAAUUUAAUUUCUUUCAAUAAACUUGUACUAUUUAUUCAUGAUUGUCAAUCACGGAGUCCAUUUUAUGCAAACUUGUGUUGGGCCUGGGGGUUUUUCAGACCCGGCCCGUCGAUAUAACAAUGCCAAGCCGUUGCACGUCGUUUUUUCUGCUAAUUAUGGUUUUUACCAUCACGAAAAACAAGUUUGUGGCGUUUCUGAGCCACUUCAGGUCCGGGCCGUGUCCAAAAUUUGUUAGGCCUGGCCAGAUCGGGCCUGCCGGGGACAGGGUUACCCCUAUGUAAGGCUGAUAUCAUGAUGUUUAGUUUGCGUUGAAUCUGGCAACUUUUAGCUCCGGUCUUGAAGCGAAAACAAUUAAAGCCAAUGCUUUUUGA